AUGACGGAGAAAAGGCACAAGCUGGUGGUGCUCGGGGACGGUGGCGUCGGAAAGACAGCUUUAACGCUCCGACUUCGCUUCAGCCAUUUUGUUGAAACCUACGACCCUACUAUCAAGGACUUAUAUCUUAAGCACGCACAAAUCGACGAACAGGUAUGCCUGCUGGACAUACUCGAUACUGCAGGCCAGGAAGAAUACUUUGCGUUGCAAGACCAGUGGAUACGUGGCGGAGAAGGAUUUCUGCUGGUUUAUAGUAUCUCGUCAAGGUCCUCCUUUACCCGCAUUCGAGAUUUCCACUGCCAGAUUCAAAUGGUCAAGGAAUCCACGAUCUCCGGUUCACCGCUAAGUGCGCCGGUCAUGCUGGUGGCCAAUAAAUGUGACAGGGUGCUUGAGCGAGAAAUAUCUACGCAGGAAGGCAGCGCACUUGCACACGAAUUAGGAUGCGGUUUUGUCGAGACGUCUGUGAAGACAGGCGUUAAUGUCGACAAGGCCUUCUACGACGUCGUCCGGCAGCUGAGGUUGCAAAAACAGCAGCCUGACAAUCAUGAGAGUUACGAGGGUCAGGAUGAUGGUGGAUCUGAGCGCCACCCUAAAUGUGGAAUACUCUAA